CGCAAUGAGCAGAAAAUACUCACAGUGUCGCUAUUGACCAAAAAUGCAGACCGUGUCUCUCCUCCCACACUUAAUGCAAGCAAUAUGAGCUCUGUCUGUUAGAUUAAACGCCGCACAAAAUGGAGUAACAGUCCGUAGACACCGACAGAAUUAAUGGAAUAUCAUCCGUCAAAGAGCCACUAACUGUUGAGUAUUUGCAAUAUCAAAUCUUCAAAAAUGGAACACGGAUUAUUUUCAGUUCCUUUCUUUACCUAUUUUGUUGCUCUCAUUCUCUUUGCUCUGAGAUCUGUCUGUGAUGACCUGAGCUACAAUAUUGAGGAAGAAACGAAGCGCCAGUAUGUGAUUGGAAAUAUAGCCAAGGAUCUCAGGAUGGAUGUGAAACAAUUAUUUGCUCGAAAGGCUCGGAUAGACAGUGAGGACAGCAGCAAACGGUACUGUGAUAUUAAUCUGAAUACUGGUGAUUUAAUCGUGGCAGAGACAAUAGACCGAGAGGAGCUUUGUGGAUCUCGAAUGUCCUGUAUUGUCAGUUAUGAGCUCGUCCUGGAAAACCCUCUUGAAGUCCAUCGUAUAAUUCUGCAAAUUCAGGAUAUAAAUGACAACGCACCACGAUUUCCAAAUGAACGUAUUAUCUUUGAAAUCAGAGAAUCAGCAGUUAAAGGCCAGCGAUUCCGUUUGGAUGAGGCGCACGACAAGGAUAUAGGACAAAAUGGUAUUAAUGGCUAUUCGCUAUCGAAGAAUGAACAUUUUACUUUGGAUAUUCACGAUAGUGCAGACGGUGGAAAAUACGCUGAACUCGUGUUGGAAAAGGAGUUGGAUCGUGAACAGCAGCAGGAGAUAGAUAUGAUACUCACAGCCACUGAUGGUGGUUCACCGCAGAGGUCUGGCACUGCUGUCAUACACAUCACUGUUCUCGAUGCUAAUGAUAAUGUCCCAGUGUUUAGUGAGUCUGUUUAUAAAGUCACCCUGGCUGAAAAUACACCUUCAGGAACAGAAAUAAUCCAAGUGCGCGCCACUGAUGCUGAUGAAGGUCAAAACGGGGAAGUGAUUUAUGAAUUCAGCAGAAUAUCAGACAAAGCUGUAACAUUGUUUUCUAUUGAUAAGACAACAGGGCAAAUUGUGGUGAUCGGAGAAAUUGAUCAUGAAAAUGAAAAAAACUAUGAAAUGAUAAUUCAGUCCAAAGAUGCCUCCGGAUUAGCAUCAACUGCUAAAGUUAUAAUAGAUAUAACUGAUGUUAAUGAUAAUUCACCUAGAAUCAUCCUUAAAUCUUUGAACAAUCUAGUACCUGAAAACUCUGAGCCAGGCACUGAGGUGGGAAUCAUUAAUGUUCAAGACAAAGACUCAGGAGAAAACCGGCAGAUUCGUUGCUCUGUUCAGCAAAAUGUUCCUUUCAAACUGAACCCAUCUGUUAAAAACUAUUUCUCUCUAGUGACUACAAAAGCUCUAGACCGAGAGAAAGUAUCUGAUUACAACAUUACCAUCACAGCCACAGAUGGGGGAUCUCCACCAUUAUCCACCUCCAUGACAAUGUCACAGGAGAAAGCCCAGACUGUUGUUUGA